GCAUAUUGAGAAACGGCCAUGGAGUCUUCACAACUUCGCUCACAGAUUUACCUACAAUUACAAUUACAUUUGCUGACGUUGCAAGUACCGAGAAUGGUCCACACUUUUCCAUCAGUAUGAAGGUAACAAGUGAGAGUGAUCAGGCUAACUGUUAGCUACUGAACUGCUAACUAGAAUGACAACUCAUUAGCGUGUCCACUCAGACAUGAUGUAAGUAGAGUAUAGAGGAAAUAGAAUACCUUACUAACGCAUUAUAGUCUGCUUUUAAUGAAGCAUUGUGGUUGUUCUGUAGUGAACGUGUUGUGUGCAGCGACAAUGAUGUUAAAGCCGAACGCAACGUCAUCAGCUGCCGUUUGUGGCUCCGCUCAAACAGGCUCCUUUGUCCUUUUGGGGGUGAAAUGGUUCCAAGGAAAGGGACUAGAGCCCAUGUGUCAAGCUUGUGACCCCCGUAUCUGAACCCAACCUGAAAUGAGUUAGACAGCCCAUCAACAGGGACGGAAUGAAACGACACAUUUGGGGAAUAACAAGAUCAGCCCGGUACGCUACAGUUACUUUUUCUCGUUGCUUGCGCCAUUUGUUUAGAAGAUUAACGCAGCGAUUGCGUAUUUCCGGUAACAAAUACGCUUGUGAAAAGGUCUAUUGAAUUCACUUUUUCACUUGAUGCAAUUAUUGUUGCUUUAGAUAACAGCAUCUGCUAAAUAAAAUGACGUGUAAUUAUUAUUAUGGUUACACUGGUUAUUAUGAUUGUAAUAAUGAUUUGCAUUAUCUCUAGAAUAAUACUACAUGUCCCUGAUUGUUUCUGACGUGGCAUUUGAAGAGUUCUCUGAAGAAAGCUUAUGAUUAUGAGGUUGGCUUACUGUCGCUAGGGGGCGACUCCUCACCUACAUUUACCCGCUGUGUUCUCAAGCAACCAAUCAGAGCCAAGCCUCGAGGCCGGAAACAGCUGAUUUCAGUCGGUUCUGGCGCCAUGUUUGAGAAGGCUUUUGUUUGUGCUUCUGAGACAGAAACGUGUCUAUAUAUCUGUACAUGGAGUCAAAUUACCCGGAUGCAAUCUUACUUUUGACACUAUAGGCUUAAUGUGAGUUUACGUUCUCACAUCUGAUAAAAACAGUACCACCUAAAGGUGUUGUAUGUUAUAUGUAUUCAUACAAAUAUAUAUUGUCUAGACGAACAAGUCUUUAUAUUAGUCAACCCAAACAAGUAUGUAAAGACAAACGAAAAUAAAGCAAGUUCUAUGUGUAACAACAACUAUACGUGUUCCGUAAACUCAUUUAAUGGGUUUCAUAACGUCUCUUUAGUGGAGUUUUGUAACCUGGACUCAAACGAAGCCGGAUGACGAUCCAGCAGCACGUGAUGGCGGCUUCGCCACCUGAUUGGCUGCCACUUUAAAGAGACCCCCCCCUCACGCGUUCCUAUUGGCCGGCUGCCUUCUGGCGCCAAGAUUCCAAUAAAGCAGGCAGCGGACGGCGGGAGCGGCUUCAGUCUGCUGUCCUCGUCUCCUGCUGCUCGAGCUUCAGCGCUUCUUCCCUCGACUCGAACCUCUUGUGCUCCUCAGAGAAGCUCGACAUGUUUCCUACCCGCAGUCCUCUCUCCGUGAAGGCCCUCAGCGGCCAGAUGGACAACAUGGCGCUGGACAAAGAGAACACGCCUCCGAGUCUGAACUCGAGCCGCAUCCUGGCGUCUAAAACCGCGCGAAACCUCUUCAAUGACGCCACGUCCAAAGCCGUGAAGAAGAGCAGCCAUGAGGAAGAGGAGCCUCUACUGAAGGAAAACCCUCGCCGCUUUGUCAUCUUCCCCAUCAAGUACCACGACAUCUGGCAGAUGUACAAGAAGGCUGAGGCCUCUUUCUGGACCGCAGAGGAGGUGGAUCUGUCCAAGGACCUGCAGCACUGGGAGUCUCUGAAGGACGACGAGAGGUUCUUCAUCUCUCACGUGUUGGCCUUCUUCGCCGCCAGCGACGGCAUCGUCAACGAGAACUUGGUGGAGCGCUUCUUGCAGGAAGUGCAGGUGACGGAGGCCAGAUGUUUCUACGGUUUCCAGAUCGCCAUGGAGAACAUCCACUCGGAGAUGUACAGCCUCCUCAUCAACAGCUACAUCAAGGAGCCCAGCGACAGAGAAUACCUCUUCAAUGCCAUCGAGACGCUGCCCUGUGUGAAGAAGAAGGCCGACUGGGCCAUCAACUGGAUCGGCAACAAGGCCGCCAACUACGGAGAACGCGUGGUGGCCUUUGCCGCCGUGGAGGGCAUCUUCUUCUCUGGGUCCUUCGCUGCCAUCUUCUGGCUGAAGAAGAGAGGCCUGAUGCCCGGCCUGACCUUCUCCAACGAGCUGAUCAGCAGAGACGAGGGUCUUCACUGUGACUUUGCCUGCCUGAUGUUCAAACAUCUGGUAAACAAACCAUCAGUAGAAAAGGUCACUGCGAUCAUCCGGAACGCCGUGGAGAUCGAGCAGGAGUUCCUGACGGAGGCUCUGCCGGUGAAGCUGAUCGGGAUGAACUGCGACCUGAUGAAGCAGUACAUCGAGUUUGUGGCCGACAGGCUGAUGCUGGAGCUGGGCUUCACCAAGAUCUACCGGGUGGAGAACCCCUUUGACUUCAUGGAGAACAUCUCUCUGGAGGGGAAGACCAACUUCUUUGAGAAGCGAGUGGGCGAGUACCAGAGGAUGGGCGUGAUGUCCGGCACCACGGACAACACCUUCAGGCUGGACGCCGACUUCUGAGCAGAACCGCACCGCCUCCUGAUAGGCCCGCUACCUCACUGCCCCAGUGCAUGCUGGGAGGCGCUCUGACCCCAGACCAGUAGGAGCUUACUCUACUGGUGGUUUGGAUCAGAACUCUUUUUAUAUUUAUAAAACCUGCUAUAUUAGUAUGUUUUGAUGGAGUUUUUAAAUAUGGAAUUAAUGUGAUUUAUUUGUACAGUUGGUGUUUUUUUUAAUAAAA